AACUGUUGCACAGCGGAACCUGAACACAAGUCCACCAGGAGUCUUCCUGCUGUCAGAGAACAACAUGUUGUUCAGCCCGACGGGUUUAACGGAGUGUUUACGGGAAUGGGAGGAUUUAGAGAAAAACUACCAACAAAUUCAGGACACCCAUCGUCUAUACAAACAGAAACUCGAGGAAGUGACCAAACUGCAGGACAGCUGCUCCGGUGCAAUAACGCGCCAGAGGAAGAAGCUGAAGGAGCUCAUCGCCUCGCUGAAAGGAUGCAAAGAAAAUCAUCCAACACCCAAACUGAGUCCAGAGGAGAUGGACGCCAUCGCUGACAUCGAGGAUUCCAUGAAAGACAGAGCGAACAGUUUCUGUGAGAUGGAAGCUUUUCUGCCGAAGAAGAACGGGUUGUACCUCACUCUUGUGUUAGGAAACGUCAACGUGACCCUCCUCAACAAACAGUCCAAAUUCGCCUACAAAGACGAGUACGAGAAGUUUAAGCUGGUCCUCACGGUCAUCCUCUUCGUGUUCUCCUUCACGUGCAUUCUGUUCAGCUACAGAGCCCUUGACGCCCUGUUCAACUUCCUGUUGGUGUGGUAUUACUGCACGCUCACCAUCCGGGAGAGUAUCCUCAUCAGCAAUGGCUCAAGGAUCAAAGGUUGGUGGGUUUUCCAUCACUACGUGUCGACCUUCCUGUCUGGAGUCAUGCUGACCUGGCCCGAAGGCGCUCUCUACCAGAUGUUCAGGAACCAGUUCCUCACAUACUGCCUUUACCAAAGCUUCGUCCAGUUCCUGCAGUACUACUACCAGAGCGGCUGUUUGUACAGGCUCAGAGCGCUCGGAGAAAGGCACAACAUGGACCUGACAGUCGAGGGUUUCCAGUCCUGGAUGUGGAGAGGUUUGACCUUCCUCCUCCCGUUCUUGUUCUUCGGCCACUUCUGGCAGCUCUACAACAGCAUCACUCUGUUCAAGAUGUUUCAGCUGCCGCAGUGUAAAGAGUGGCAGGUUGUGAUGUGCGGCUGCUCCUACAUGGUGCUCUUCAUGGGAAACUUCCUCACCACGCUGGGGGUAGUUUACCAGAAAUACAUGAACAACCAGGACAAGUCCAAGAGCUUAUAAGCCUGGAACCAGGAACAGGACAGACUCACCAGAAAUCCUCUUCAUGGAACAGAAACGAGCAGAGUUACUGCGGCUCUAAUGUUCUCUUUAGAGCUCUUCAUCCAUGUCGUCCUUGUUGGCUUUUUACAUGUUCUGCUUCUAGUGUCGGCGUCCUCCUGAUUUUAUAUUUGUGUCAAUGAUGGUCGAAGCGAAGUGUUGUAGGUCGCACUGACCUGAAACACUGUGAGCUUGUUUCAGUGAGAUCAGCUGCAACCCGAACGUGUUACUGAAAGUUAUUUGCAUGAUUUUAAAGGAAGUCUAUGGUUGUUACUCAGCAGCUGUAUUUUAGCCUUACAGAAAAGCGCUUAUUAAAACACUCC